AUGUAUGAACUACCGCCAGAGCUCAUCUUCCUCAUCCUCCGCGAACUGAGAGGCUACAGGGGGGCCCUUGAAAAAUGCUCGCUUGUGUGCAGCGCUUGGCGUGAAAUCUGCAUUCCCUUCCUCUUUCACGAUCUACGUCUCUUCGACAGUCCAUCGCGGAUACGCGCAUACCGCCUUCUGAUGUUUCAUGCACCUCACCUUCGCCCCCAUGUCCAAAAGUUAACGUUAUUAUCGCCAUCUAUGGUGAUGGGGGAAGCUGAUUCCAAAUCCGACGAGGAAAGGGAACUACUUCUAUCACUCAUCGAAGCCCUCCCGAAGCUGAACACUCUACAUUCUGACGUGUACUCCUGGACUGACGAUUGGUGCCUACGAAUCCCCCGAUGCUCAUCGAUCACUGCCUUGCACAUUUGGGACCCCUAUGCAUUGACCGCCAACACCCCACCUUGGCUGCUGAAGCUUCUACGGGAGACCGCCGACACACUUCGCUCCUUAAGCCUAGGCGGUUUAUUCUUCAAACAAGUCUCUCUCGAAGGCGCAGUGGAUGGGCGAGUCGCAUUACCAUACCCUAUGAACGCUCUGGAGGCCCUUCGUAUUCAAACCUGCUACAACCUUCCCUUUCAUCCCGAAGUCAUCACAAUGCCGAAUUUGCAGGUUUUAGAGUGUCGGAAGCAUCGUCAAAUGGCAUUCUGCGAGUCGUUGCCGGCGUCUUUGAAGACAUUAGUGGUGGAUACGGCUUUCUCAGGUGGACUUCCUAUCAGUGCGGAAAACGUCUGUCUCAUUGGGGAACGAAUGAAUAAUCCGUCCGCCUUACUCGCACUGAGCUCAUUGCAUAGCCCGACGAAGAUCAAGCACCUCGAAUUGUUCCUUAGCAGGUGGAUACAAAUCACCCCGCACUAUGUUCCCAUAUCCUCUGAGGUUCUCGAUUUUGUCCUCGAUCUCUGCCAAAACGGUUCUCUUCAAGAGUUUAUCGUCACCUUUAGUGAAGGCGAUCCUCGUGAAUCGAUGGAGCUUGACGACAAGCUUUCCAAGCUAGAAAGCCUCGGUGUACUGAACCUCAGGAUAGGGCUCCCUUCACAGCUGCUGCCUGCGGGUUCCCACUCCUACUAUAUUUAG